AUGCUGGACUCGGUGCAGCCGCUCCAAAUAACGGGCCACAGCGAGACCAUCGCCGCAUCGAGCUCUUCGGACGAUGCCGACAACUCGCCUCAACCAGGGGCGUCACCCCGCCCGGCCACGCUACACCAGCCUCCGCAAUCUCCACAGGCCCGGAUGCCGCCUGUGAAGGCGCCCGCAAUGUCGCCGUCGUCAGCGGUGCAACCUCAUAAGCCGAAGUCCUCGGGCAACGCGUCGGGUAAGGUCUACUCUUCAAGUCGGCGGAUGGUGUACGACCGAGGGAACCCGACCGCAGCGCCCAUUUAUCCUUGCGGCGUGUGCCAUAAGGCAGUGGAGGACUACGAUGAGGCGAUCCUCUGCGAUAGCGGGUGCAAUUUUUGGUUCCACCGCGCCUGCACGGACCUCACGAACGACGCGUUCGAUAUGUUCACGCGAGAGGCGUUCACCGAGUGGGUCUGCGACCGAUGCGCUUCGUCCAGGAACGUACCACUUGAGGUGUCGUGCCUGUCGUCGAGCGUGGUGCGAGAUGGGAAUUAG